AUGGAUUAUGUAUGUUCAUAUUGCGGCGCGCUCAAAUGGAAAGAUGAAUCAGUAGGAAUGUGUUGUCUGAGUGGACAAAUUAAAUUAUGGCCCAUAACUGCACCACCAGAUCCAUUGAUGAGUCUUUUAAAUGGAGAUCAUUCAAAAUCAGAAAGUUUCUUGAAAAAUAUAAGGAAGUACAAUAGCCUAUUCCAAAUGACUUCGUUUCGAGCUAAGCAAAUAGAUAAAGAUAAAUACAAUUAUUCUUUUAUUGUUCAAGGCCAAGUACAUCACAGUAUCGGUAGUAUUUAUCCUCAUGAGCCUAAUCAGGAAAAAUUUUUGCAAGUAUAUUUUAUUGACAAUCACGAUACUCAAUUAAAACAGCGUUGUAAGAAUAUUAAUUGUGAUAGUCAAAUAGAUAAGAAUUUAGCAAUGGACUUACAGUUACUUCUCAGAGAAAACAAUAUUUACGUUAAAAAGUUUCAAUCCGUAAUAAAUAGCGUAUCAAGUAAUGAUGAUAAAUUUCAAAUUGUUAUCCGAUCCGAUAGAAUUCCCGCUGGUGACCACAAAGGGCGAUAUAAUUCACCACAAUCACCGGAAAUAGCAAUUUUGAUCUCAGGAGAAGAAUUUAGUCAUCGAGAUAUUGUCAUUCACGGACGUGAUAAUGUUAUUCGCCGGAUUAAUGAAUUACAUUACUCUUAUGAUUCUCUGCAAUACCCCUUGAUAUUUAGUCGUGGUGAAGAUGGAUACUCAAUUUGUAUACCAAAAAUUGAUCCUGCAUCUAACGAAGCAUCAGAUUUGAAAACUGUAUCCGCUAUGUGUUUCUAUGCAUUUAGAAUUAUGAUUAGAAAAAAUAAUCACAACCAUCUACAUUACUAUCGUUCUCUUUUUAGCCAGUACUUAGUGGACAUGUACGCGAAAAUUGAGUCUGAACGAUUAGUUUACAUCAAAACACACCAAGCACAUUUAAGAGCCGAAAAUUAUAUACAUUUACAAGAUGCUAUCAGUAAAGAUGUAAACUUGAUGGAAACAGGAAAGUCAGUUAUCCUUCCUUCUUCAUUUACUGGUAGCGCGCGAUACAUGCAUGAACGGGUUCAGGACGGUAUGACGUACGUUAGGAAUCAUAAAACACCAGAUCUUUUUAUAACGUUCACUUGCAAUCCAAAAUGGAAAGAAAUUAGUGAUAAUUUAUUUUCUCGGCAGACUCCAGCCGAUCGCCACGAUAUUAUUAGUAGAGUUUUUCGCUUGAAAGUAGUCAAAUUAAUGAAUUCAAUAACUAAAGCUCACAUAUUUGGUGAAGUUUCCUGUUAUAUGUAUACUGUGGAGUGGCAGAAACGCGGUCUUCCACAUAUUCACCUUUUACUGUGGUUAAAAAAUAAAAUAACACCGGAACAAAUUGACGAUAUUAUUAAGGCAGAAUUUCCAGAUCCUCAAAAAGAUCCUACCUUAUUCGAAAUUAUGAAGAAACACAUGGUUCAUGGACCAUGCGGUCAAAUAAAUCAUAAAAGUCCAUGUAUGCAAGACGGUAAAUGCAGUAAAAAAUUUCCGAAACAAUUCGUAUCUGAAACUGAAACAGGAAAUGAUAGUUACCCUAAAUAUCAGAGAAGAAGUCCAGCAGAUGGAGGUUUUACAGCAACGAUGAAUACUUUCCGAGGUGAAAUACAAGUAGAUAAUCGUUGGGUCGUACCAUACAAUCCGUUGUUAAGCAAGAUAUUCAAUGCCCAUAUUAACGUAGAGUAUUGUAAUUCAAUAAAAUCAAUUAAAUAUAUCUGUAAAUACAUUAAUAAAGGAAGUGAUCAAGCGACUUUUUCCAUUAAAAAUGAAAACGAUGAAGUUGAAAUUUUCCAGUCAGGUAGAUACAUCAGUUCUGCAGAAGCUGCGUGGAGGAUUCUAUCUUUUCCAAUCCAUGAAAGACAUCCUACAGUAACUCACUUAGCAGUACAUCUAGAAAACAGACAACGCGUAUAUUUCAAUGAACGAAACUGUCUUGAUCGAGUGCUAGCACCUCCUAAAACUACUUUAACAGCUUUUUUUGAAUUGUGUCAAACUGACAAUUUUGCAAAAACUUUAUUGUACUGUGAAAUUCCAGCAUAUUAUACGUGGAGUGAAAACAAAUUUCAUCGUAGGAAGAGAGGAAACGAUGUUCCUAAUUACUCGGAUAUUAAAAAAACAGACGCUUUAGAAAGAGUCUAUACGGUACACCCAAAUAAUUUUGAAUGCUACUGUCUUAGAAUGUUACUUCAUCAAAUUCGCGGUCCUACGUCCUUUCAAUCACUCAAAGUUGUUGAUAAUAUCCAGCAUGAGACAUUCCACGCUGCAUGUAAAGCAUUUGGUUUAUUAGAAGAUGACAAACAUUGGGAGUACACAAUGCAAGAUGCAGCCAUUUCCGAAUCACCUUUCAAAUUAAGAAACUUAUUUGUCAUAAUAUUAGUAUUUUGUCAUGUCUCAGAUCCGACUGAAUUGUGGUUAAAAUUUCGAAAUGAAAUGUCAGAAGAUUUAUUGCAUUCUCUUAGGGAAAAGAAUAAUAAUUCUGAACUUGACUUCAAUGAUGGAAUUUAUAAUGAUGCAUUAAUUUUAAUUGAAGAUUUAUUAAAUUUGGUUGCAGGAAAAACUUCGAAAGAUUUUAAUUUUGAAUCACCGACGAGGAACCAUCCAUUACGAGGUGUUUAUAUGAAAGAAACAAGUUACAAUAUUGAUGCGUUAUUAUUGCAUGUAAACCAAAACGAAAAAAAUUUAACAGAUGAACAAAGAAAUGUAUAUGAAACCGUUAUAAAUAGUAUAAUUAAAAAAUUAGGUCAAUUAAUAUUUUUAGAUGCACCUGGAGGAACAGGGAAAACCUACUUAUUAAAUUUAAUAUUAGCAAAAAUUCGCGCUGAUGGAAAAAUCGCAUUGGCCGUAGCAUCUUCAGGAAUUGCAGCAACAUUAUUACUUGGUGGGAAAACAGCUCAUUCAUUAUUCAAGCUACCAUUAGAUCUAAAUCGAGAUGAGUUUCCAGUUUGUAACAUCAGUAAACAAAGUGAAUUAGCGAUAGUUAUGAAAGAAUGUGAUAUUAUCGUGUGGGAUGAAUGUACAAUGGCUAACAAAAAAGCAUUUGAAGCAGUCGAUCGGUAA